AUGAUCUAACAACAUCAAUCCAAGAAACUUAAGUCAAUAGUAAUGUGCAAGAUUUUUAUACUAGUUUGUAUGACGGGAACCAUCAAUUAGUAUGGCUGCUAUAAGCUAACAGAGGCGGAUGACUAAAAAAUAUCACAGAUUGCAAGAGUAUUAAGUGGCUAUGAUGAUAAUCACACGCCAUAAGAAGCUAUCAAAAGUACUAUAAUGAAUCAAAUAGGUUGCCUAAAAAAUGGUCUUGAAUUAGAUUCAUACAUAGAAAAUCUAAUCGAAAAUUUGGCUUGGGAAAUUGAAAUAGAAAGUUUAUCUUUACCUUCUUAAGAUUCUUACCCCAUAUCUAAUGGAUUUGGCAAUUAAGUUGACAGCUUCAUUUAAUCUUAACUCAAUAGUAAUGGAUCUAGAAAUAAUCACUGA